GCAAGGACACCGUCGAUUGGAAAACGGGCGUUGACGGAGGCAAGUACGGCCCCAUGGGCGAGGAUCUGUUUGCGCAGGUUUGCUUGGGCACGAACGGCGUCUCCCGUGGAGAGGAAUUCGGCACCAAGCUGGACGGGACUUGCGAGGCGGACUGGAGCCGGCGUGCGGAACAUGUCUUAAGAUUUUGCCCGAAUCUUGUGGUGAGGGGCACCUCCACGCCGAAGGCAUGAGUACGACUCCUUGGAGGCGCAACCAUCCCGGCGACGACUCCUACACCAAGCAUGAACAACAACUAUUGCAACUACUGCAGCAACUACGGUAGCCUCCGCCACGCUGGGGGAAGGAGUCUGCGAAAGCAGUGGCCAUGCACAGACUACAGUGACGACGCCUAUGGAGGGUCAUGGGUGGAGAGCUGCCUCACGACCAGGAUGCUGCAGCAGUGGCCGUGCAGACUGCUUUGGACAAGACCAUCGAAAAGAACCGCUGUGAGCGCAUUGCGUUGAGGCGAAGAAUGUUGCGUGCGGACGGCUUGGGCAAGAGUGCGGCUGCGUGGUUCCGUGACGGUGUCAGCUCGUGGUUCCGUGACGGUGUCAGCUACUAUAACAAUGUGGCGGUACAGGCACAUGCAAUUAAAUAUUUUGAUCAAGACGCAGUGGACAAAGUACGGGAGUAUUACGACGACCAUUUUACACAGUGUGCGAGUGGUAGCGACAUGGAUGUGUAUUGGGCGCUCUACGGAGAGUACAUGAACAGGCCCGGUGCGACGUGCAGGCGCAGCAGGAUUCCCAGGAACAUCUACGACGGAAUGUGAUAACUACGGUGGGCUCCUGGGACGAUUGACCGGCCCCGAACGCGGCCGGGUUCCGACGGAUGCUCCGGGCGAUGGCUGGUCGGGACCAGAAAUAUUUAUCUUUCACUCGUUGUUGGGGUUUUCGAUCGCAGACGCUUAAUGAAUUAGUACACGGCACACUCUUCGUUUCGCUGCCCGCUGCCUCCUUGGAACGCGUAAGCCAACCGAACGUGGCCACCGCAAUUUGCUGCUGGGCUCCUCGAGAACGACGCUCGCGCUGUAGAUGCAUUUUCAUUCACUGAUGGAAAGCGACGCGAUGCGUGAUGCAACGGCCUUUCGGUUGGUUCGAGCGGCCCCCGAACAGACAUUGAGGCCGCAUGUGCCUAUAUAGCCGCGGUUGAUCCCGUUCAAUCAGCGCGUAUUUCAAGACUGCCUGGCAAUGUCGACGGGAAUUCCAUGCCCAAAUCAACAUGUGCACCGUUAGUCUCCGCAGGCCUCAGGCACAGGACUGCGCGCGCCGCGCCGCAGAUCGGUGCGCGCGCUCAAGCGAGGGCGCGGCCCUGCGUCGAUCGGCCCGCCGCCUCAGGGCGCGCGCGGCGUCCGCCCCUGGAACCCUCGCCAGGCCGGAUCGGUGAAACGAGAGAUUUUGUUGUUUCGGGUGGGCAAAAACCGCAAAAUCUUUCAUUUCACGGGUCGCGGGUCUGGGUUGCGUCCUCGUCCAGGGCGGAUGCGAAUGGUUCCUUGGGUGCUUCUGCAGGUGGCUCGCUCUAGGGCGUAUCGGGCGUCUCUCGGGGCCUGUCGCGCUCUUCCUCGGGUUCUCGCACUGGUUUUCCCGGGGACCCCGUGGCGCUAUAGGCUCAGAGACGUCUCGGCGACGGAUUGGGGAUCUGGGUUCCACCAGACGCCCAGGGUCGUUUUUCGGCGCGUUCAGGCCGACGUGGAACCCCCGCAAUCCCCGGCCGCCCAGAGAACGCCAUUGGCGCGUGAAGGGUUACCUGCAGGCGGCGGGUAAUGGUGUCCAAUUGUCGUGCGACGCCGUGCUGGGCGCUCCUUCAAGUCGCAAGCUCGGUCGAUUCGCACAGUUGGCGUCGCGUCGCGCAGAUGUCGGCCUCAUCGCGAUCAGCGAUGAUUUAGGCAUGAGGGCCAGUAACAUAAAAU